AUGUUCCUGAUAGCCAGCCAGCGUUCCUGCUGUUCAGCCAGCAUUCCUGCCAGCAUUCCUGCCGGCAGCCUGCAUUCCUGCUGGCCACCCAGCGUUCCUGCUGGCCAGCCAGCGUUCCUGCCAGCCAGUCAGCUCUUCUGCAAGCGUUCCUGCCAGCCAACCAAUAUUCCUGCCAGCAAUCCUGCCAGUGUUCCUGCCAGCGUUCAUGCCAGCCAGCCAGUGUUCCUGCUGUCCAGCCAGCGUUCUUGCCAGCGUUCCUGCCAGUCAGCCAGUGUUCCUACUGGCCAGCCGGCGUUCCUGCCAGCCAGCCAGGGUUUCUGGCAGCGUUCCUGCCAGACUGCCAGCUGCCUCCCAGCGUUCCUGCCGACCAGCCAGUGUUCUGCCAGCAUUGCAGCCAGCCAGUUAUCGUAUCUGCCAGCCAGCCAGCGUGCCUGCUAG